AUGGCGCAUGUUCUCGGCCAAGCUGGUACGCAAGCCAAGAGUUCAAACGUGGCCAUGGAUCCGACGAAUCCCACCAACGCCAGCCAGAAUGUCGAUAAUUGGCACAGGACCAGGAAACUGGUCCUGUGCUUCGACGGGACGGGCAACAAGUUCCACGGCGAUGAAAGCGAUAGCAACAUUUUGAAAAUUUUCCGGAUGCUCGACAGUUCAUCGGAUGACCAGUACCAAUACUACCAACCUGGCAUUGGAACCUAUGUGGUCUCGGAGAACAUCUCCCACACAGGCCUUCGGUCGAGGGCUAGCUCUUGGUACCAGAUGGCCAAGGACUCGGCCAUUGGGUCGUCCUUCGACCAGCACGUGGUUGGUGGCUACCGAUUCCUCAUGCGCUACUACUCGCCCGGGGACGAGAUUUACAUGUUCGGUUUCUCGCGUGGGGCGUAUGUAGCAAGGUUCCUGGCAGAAAUGCUCGACUACGUCGGUCUCCUUGCGCACGGCAACGAGGAGAUGGUCAUCUUUGCGUGGAACGCCUUUUCGCAGUGGCAAUGUCGACGGGCCAACUCGACGCCGGAAGGCAAAGAGGACAAGGAAAAGAUGUACAAGUUUCUGAAGGGGUUCCGAGAAACAUUUUCGCGGCCGAUUCGGCGGAUCCGGUUCCUUGGGCUUUUUGAUUGUGUCAACAGCGUGCCGCGUUUCGAGACGGCGUGGAUGCAGCGCGACAAGUUUCCGUACACGGCUCGGAGCUCAGCCAAGGUAAUCCGACAUGCUGUCAGCAUCGACGAGCGACGCGCCAAGUUCAGACAGGACCUCAUCUACCAAGAAAAGAAGAAAUGCAAAAAGCCGAAAAAGGACGCCUUGGGCCACUCGCUGAUGGAGAAGAACCCACUCAACGAUAAGCUGCACGAGUUUCAGGAGAAAUACCGGCCGGGAAAGCGCGUUGCGCUCGAUCCCAACGAUAUCCCAGGCAGUGCCGGUCGAGGCCGAGAUGCGCCAAACGAGCUCCUGCCCGAUGACGCGGAUCACCCGGUGCGGUACCGGAACCGCUCUAGGUCGAGGUCGCGCGCUACAAGCCGUGGCAUGAGCGACAAUACAUCAUUGGCCUCCCGGGCGCCCGUGCCCGACGCUGGCUACGAUUCGGACGACGAUGAGCAAGACAUUGAUGAAGUCUGGUUUGCGGGCGGGCACGCUGACAUUGGCGGUGGCUGGGAUGUAAUACCAGGUCAGAAGAGCUCCAGCCACGUGCCCCUCGUGUGGAUGGUCAGGGAGGCGAUGCGGGCUGGUUUGAGCCUGGAUGUACGGCAGCUUGAAGAGAUCGGAUGCAUCGAGUGUGCCGAUGAUCACGAGGGAGAGUGCGAGGCGGCGCACCUGGACAUUCCCGAGAUCCACAUUGAUGCGCCGUCUCCGGGUGUUUCUUCGCCGAAUGUUCUCGAGCAAGAUGUACAGGACGAGCCAGCUCCGCCGAGCGAUGCGAGGUCCAAGUUCGAGGAGAUGCUUCGAGAUGCCCACUUGUCCGACCUUCACGACUCGCUGCGGUUCGGGCGGGGCGUACCGCGCCUUUCAGUCUGUGGUUGGCGGUUCAUGGAAUGGAUGCCCUUCCGGCGACUUGACCUGCGGCCCGACGGGUCAUGGAAGCCGAUCCGAUGGCCGCUGCCCCGCGGAGAGGUGCGCGACAUCCCAGAGAAUGUACGUGUGCACGGAAGCGUGAUUCGGAGGCUCGAGAUGGAUCCCACGUAUCGACCAGGCAACCUCAUUAUUGGUGGGGGUGGUCGUGGCGUCAGGACAGCGUCUGAGAAGCAUGGGAUUGGCGAAUGGAUAUGUAUCAAGGGCAAAGGGGAUCCGGUGGAGGAGAUAUGGGUGAGAAAGAAGAAGAGCGAUACGGGGGGGUCAUGA